AGAGCAAAUCACCUUCCACAGCACCAAGGGUUUGCAAUGCAUCUCACCCUUAAUGCAGACGGUAGAGGAGACCCCUCAGCCCAUCCCAGCGAAGAUCAAAGGACAUAUUCCCAAAUGGAUUAAAGGCAAUCUUCUGAGGAAUGGUCCUGGGAAGUUUGAGUUUGGUGAGGAGAAAUUUAACCAUUGGUUUGAUGGCAUGGCCCUGUUGCACCAAUUCCAGUUGGAGAACGGCACAGUGACAUACCGGAGCAAGUUUCUGCAGAGCAGUUCCUACCUGACUAACAGCCAGCACAACCGCAUCGUGGUCUCAGAAUUUGGGACACUGGCAAUGCCAGACCCAUGCAAGAGUGUCUUUGGGCGCUUCAUGUCACGCUUUGAGAUGCCACAACCAAGUGACAAUGCCAGUGUGAACUACGUUGUGUAUAAAGGAGACUACUAUGUCAGCAACGAGAACAUCUUCAUGUACAAAGUGGACCCAGAAACGCUUGAAACGAAGGAAAAGGUAGACUGGAGCAAAUUUAUUGCAGUGAAUGGGGCCACUGCUCAUCCUCAUUAUGAGCCUGAUGGGACAACAUAUAACAUGGGCAAUUCCUAUGGGAAACACGGGUCCAGGUAUAAUAUAAUUCAUGUCCCUCCACAAAAGUCAAACUGUAGCGACACGUUAGAGGGAGCGAAAGUGUUGUGCUCCAUUGCUCCAAUGGAUAAGAUGAAACCCUCCUACUAUCACAGCUUUGGAAUGAGUGAAAACUACAUUAUUUUCAUUGAGCAACCCAUCAAGCUGAAUCUGUUGCAGAUUAUCACAUCCAAACUCCGUGGAAAGGCCAUUUCUGAAGGGAUAAGCUGGGAGCCUCAGUACAAUACUUGCUUCCAUGUGGUGAAUAAGCACACUGGAGAGGUGCUGCCAGGGCAGUGGUACAGUAAGCCCUUUGCUACUUUUCAUCAAAUCAAUGCCUUUGAAGAUCAUGGCUGUGUGGUCCUUGAUCUGUGCUGCCAGGAUGAUGGAACAACUCUGGCUACUUACAAACUUCAGAAUCUGCGGAGGAGUGGGAAAGGUUUAGAUCAGAUUUAUGACUCAAUAUCCCGAGCUUUCCCUCGUCGCUUUGUUCUCCCACUGAAUGUGAAUUCAGACACACCUGUGGGGAAGAAUCUGAACCCGCUGUCUUAUACAAUGGCAAGGGCCGUGAAAGAUGCAGAUGGCAAGGUCUGGUGCACACAUGAAAAUCUCCACCCUGAGGGCUUUGAAAAGGUUGGGGGCUUGGAGUUCCCCCAGAUCAACUACUCUCAGUACAAUGGUAGGAGGUACCGUUAUUUUUAUGGAUGUGGUUUUCGACAUUUGGUUGGAGAUUCCUUGAUCAAGGUUGAUGUGGAGACCAAGAAUUUCAAGAUUUGGCAGGAAGAUGGAUCCUACCCAUCAGAGCCUGUGUUUGUGCCAGUGCCUAAUGCCAUGGCAGAAGACAGUGGAGUCAUCUUGUCUGUUGUGGUCUCCCCCACUGAGAACCAAAGUGCUUUUCUGCUUGUCUUGGAUGCAGAGACCUUCAGGGAAUUGGGGCGAGCAGAAGUCGCAGUGCAAAUGCCUUAUGGAUUCCACGGCAUCUUUACUUCCCACUGACUGAAGACCUUGUCACCUCCUGUAACUCAGGGUCAGGUCAGGCUCAG